CCCACAGCCAACAUCCUGACGGUGAUCAUCCUCUCCCAGCUGGUGGCUCGGAGGCAGAAGUCGUCCUACAACUAUCUCCUGGCGCUUGCCGCGGCAGACAUCUUGGUCCUUUUUUUCAUCGUGUUCGUGGACUUCCUGCUGGAAGACUUCAUCCUGAACAUGCAGAUGCCUCAGGUGCCCGACAAGAUCGUGGAGGUGCUGGAAUUCUCCUCCAUCCACACCUCCAUCUGGAUCACCGUCCCCUUAACCAUCGAUCGGUACAUCGCCGUCUGCCACCCGCUCAAGUACCACACGGUCUCCUACCCGGCCCGCACCCGGAAAGUCAUCGUCAGUGUCUACAUCACCUGCUUCCUCACCAGCAUCCCCUACUACUGGUGGCCCAACAUCUGGACUGAAGACUACAACAGCACCUCUGUGCACCACGUCCUGAUCUGGAUUCACUGCUUCACGGUAUACUUGGUGCCCUGCUCCAUAUUCUUCAUCUUGAACUCAAUCAUCGUGUACAAGCUCAGGAGGAAGAGCAAUUUUCGCCUCCGUGGCUACUCCACCGGGAAAACCACCGCCAUCUUGUUCACCAUAACCUCUAUCUUUGCCACGCUCUGGGCCCCCCGCGUCAUCAUGAUUCUCUACCACCUCUACGGGGCGCCCGUCCAGAACCGCUGGCUGGUGCACAUCAUGUCCGACGUGGCCAACAUGCUGGCCCUUCUGAACACCGCCAUCAACUUCUUCCUCUACUGUUUCAUCAGCAAGCGAUUCCGAACCAUGGCAGCCGCCACCCUCAAGGCCUUCUUCAAGUGCCAGAAGCAACCCGUCCAGUUCUACACCAACCACAACUUUUCCAUAACAAGUAGCCCCUGGAUCUCGCCGGCCAACUCGCACUGUAUCAAGAUGCUGGUGUACCAGUAUGACAAAAACGGAAAACCUAUAAAAGUAUCCCCAUGACCCCAUAGGUUUGGCACCUAGUGCCUCUGUCUAAUCCAUUUCCAGAUGGGAGGGUGGCCCAUCCUAAGGCUGAACAGCUCUCCUUAAGAGUGCUAAUCUGAUUUCCUGUCUCCACAGACUGAGCAACUCUCAGACUGGUAGAUGAGAGAAGAUGGAAGAGAAGAAAGAAAACCAUGAAUCUUGUUUCCAUUGAUGCAUUUAUUUUCACAAAGUCAUGUUGACAGCAAAAGUUCCUACCAGUUUGAAGAUGCCAUUUGAGCUAGUGUCAUCAUCCUGUGGUCAGUAGGGACACACAGUAGAGAAAUAGCGUGUGGCUUAGCCUCGGCACCAUCUACAGUCACUGGGAACUGCUCAUUUGUGUGACACACCAAGCCACAGUAGCACGUAUCUGAGCCCACACUCUUCUUCCAAGAGCUGAGGUCAUGCAUCACUUCCCUGUGCUGUUCUCAGCAGUUAACUGCUGACCAAUUCUGGAUUUUUCCAAGGUGCCCUUUGUCCUAGAGAGGGCUGUGAUCUUGAAAUAGCCCUGGCACCCCUGGCUACAGAAUGACACUGUGGGGACAGGGGAGUAUUGAAUCCCAUUCAAACUCUGGCCAGGGUUUCUUUGGAAAGGCUUCAAACCAACAUAACUCAGACGUGGGGGUCUACGAUGUGGUCUCUCUAUUCGCCAUCAUGUAUAGAUUUUAUCUAUCUCCUCCAAAACAAAGACCCUGCCUGGUGCAUGGCAGGAAAGGAGGAUUUCUUGAGCCCAGAAAAACAAAAAAAUAAGCCCACUCUUGCCGUUGUUUCGAUCCAUCCCCAUGUCAGCUGCGCACAAUCCUUUUGCUCAAAAUAGCUUCUUCUUGCGGUGCCACUCAAGCUUCCUAGAGAAGCCUUUUACGUGUAAAGUUGCCGACCCUGCCUCCUUGCUUGCUGAAGCCCUCACCAAAUUGUUUUAUUUAAAGUGACUUCCGAACUGGAUCUAAUUUUGGAGGGUCAGGAACUGUAGCUUUCCAGAUGUGAAGGGAGGCAUUCUCAGUUCUGCCCCACAUUCCAGCUGGCGUUGCCAUUCGGCGGCAAAUGCAGACACAACUGACAUGGACAGGUGCCCACGUGGUCUGCUCAUCUGCCCUUUGAUGCCCAUGGCUGAAAGGGUGGAGCCAGUUUUUGGUGAAGGUAUUUAACCCACAUCCUUUGCAAAAUGAUAAAAGAUUAAUUUAUUUAGUUAUGCUCCCCUUGCCUGUCCAAAGCAAGAACAGUUAGUUCUAGGAUAUGAUUAAAAAGGGCUUCCCUGGGAAUUACCACUCACGUGUGCCCAUGCACAUAGACUCUUGAUUAUAUUAGGCUCCUGUGUAUCCAGUGAUGUGUUUUGAAAGGGAAAUCUACAUUGGAGUUCCUCUUACUUAGGCUUUUUUGUUGUUGUUAACUUUCUCUCCCAGGUUCCCAGUGUUUGAAAUCUCCCCUGUUCUGGAAGACAUCUCCCAAAAUGAUUUGGGAAUUGCAUGAUAUUUUUGGUGACCAAACAAAAAGCAGACCAUCCACCUGGAACACUUUGUUCCUCAGGUUGGAUUUUGACUGUAUUUUUGUUCCUAAAUUGGAAAACACGUCUACCCUAUUUAAGGGAAUUUGCAAUAAAUGAGUGUGGUAGAAAAGGCCCCAGUGUAACGCCAGCCCCAAGCUUCAGCCAAUGCCCUCAAUGCUGACUCCAUGUCACUUCAGGUCAUAUCAGUCCUGAUGAUCCUCAUUCCUACUCCUUUUAAAUGAUUGCAGUAGGGUCUCGUUUUACCCAAAGAUUCGAUUCUAAAGUCGGUGCAAAAUAAAGUCCAGCAGGAAGUCCUCGGGAAGGAGCCAUAUUGGAGACCAUAUUCUAUCUCUUUAAAAACCUAACUCAGCUAAGUUUUUCUCCAGCAAUGGAAUAGGUUGCUGUUUCUUUGGCUGAGGACAAGACAGAGCUGGCUUGUGCUUAGGGACCAUGUUGCAUGACUCUACUGUAUCUGAGAACGGGACGACCACACUGGGGCAGCCAGGUGCCCCCGCUAGCGGAGGUUCGUGGACGUUGUUUCAGGGACAAGCAGAUUUGUCACACUCCCUGCAGGGCAUAUGCACAUCGAGCGGAGCGGUGGGCAGACUCCCCCACACCCCUUAAAUGGCAUCUCUCUCUCAUUGUUUCUUUUUUGCCCAGCACGUGCAGUCAAAUACGUGUUCAUUAAAUGUGUGUAUGAUGCAAUUCCACCACACCCCCUGAUGAAAGAACAUUGACCAAAGGCUACCU